GCCGAAAGGGAAAAUACAGCCGUUACUACCGCACUCCCCGCUGGGGCUCUGAGGCUCUCUGGCCUGCGCGCCGCGCGGCUACUCCCCCCCUCGCGUUUUCACGCCACCCUCUCUGGGCUGGAGAGCCCCGGAAACGGACGCCGACGCGCGGCAGCCCCCCUCGCCGCCUUCCGGAGCCUUCCGCGUCUUCCGUUACCAGUCCGGGCCAUCAUAAGGGGGCGAGGGCGAGAGGGGGGCGCCCCGUCGAACCCUAAAUCCCUCACCCCCAUUCCUCACCGCGGGCGGCGGCGCGCGCUUGCGGGGCAAGGCUGCUGCUAUGCUCGGCGAGGAUCCACUGAAGUGAGGUUGGACUCAGAGAGUCCGACCUUCCGGGGAUGGAGGUGCCCAAGGCGGUGGCGCUCGUGGCCGCCCUGGCGCUCGUAGCGCUGGGAGCGCUGGCCACCAGGUGGCUGCAGCGCAUGGAAGCGCGGAACGAGGAGGUACGCCGCCUCGCGUUGCUCGCGGCGGCGGAAGAGGAGACCAUCGCGAGGGAGGAGGCCUACUACUACGGGCAGUACGGCGGGUUUGUGCGCUCGUCCGACUUGCCGGAGGCACCCUCGCUGUGGGCGGCGCAGGAGGUGCCUCCUGCGCCGAAGGAGGUGAUGGCUGAGGCGGCGGCGGCGGCGGCGGCGACGGUGGCCUCCCCUACGGCGGGGAAGGGCGUCUGUGCGAUGUGCUCCAAGCCAACGACGCUCCGGUGCAAGCGAUGCAAGAGUGUCAAGUACUGCACCUUAAAAUGUCAGAUAGAUCACUGGAGAAAUGGCCACAAAGAUCAAUGCCAUCCUCUAGGUCAUGGUGCCACACAAGAUGAUACACCUGAAAAUGUUAUGGCUGGAGUAGGGCUUAAGGAUAUGCCCUCUGGGGCAUCCACUACCUACCAAAUUUGUGAUGACAAUAAAGACAUGCUGUAUUCUCAGUUUACUGGGAAGGCAGAAUCUGUUGAUUAUUCGAAGCUUUCAACUUCAAGUAAAAUUUGCAAAGUUUGUGAUGGCACUGUUCAUGAAAAUUCUUGUCCUGCUCAUGACCAGCAUGUUGGGUUGGAACCUGAACCGGAGCAAUCCAACAAGCAAGCUCUUGGCACAGAAAACCAUGAAAGCUUAAGAAAAUUGCCAUGCAUGCCAGCUGUUGACAAAGUUCCUUCCGCUCAAAGUGGUACAUAUUGUUUGGCAAGUAACCAACUUAAAAGAGAAGAUGAUCCUCCUGGUCCCUGUGCUAGGCCAGAGAGCUCAGGUUUGAUGCCACAUAAUUCAUCAACAGAGAAGAAUUAUGCCAGACAACAAACAACUACAAUAGCUGCGAGGAAUUAUCCAACAGAAUCGACGGUUUUUGCAUACAAAAAAUUUGUUGAGCUCUACAGCUUCAACAAGUUGGAAUUGCACCCAUUUGGUCUUUGCAACCUCGGGAAUAGCUGCUAUGCAAAUGCUAUUCUUCAGUGCUUGGCAUUUACCCGGCCACUUACGGCAUAUCUUUUAGAAGGAUAUCAUUCACAAAAUUGUUCUAAAACUGAAUGGUGCUUCAUGUGUGAGUUGGAAAAGGUCUUGAUAGAGGGCAAACAAGGAAAAUCUCCAGUAUCACCUACUGGAAUACUAUAUCAUUUGAAUGAGAUUGGGGUCAGUUUUGGCCAGGGCGAGGAAGAGGAUGCCCAUGAAUUUAUGAGGUAUGCAAUUGAUAAUAUGCAAUCUGCUAGCAUGGAGGAAGCCAAGAAAAAUGGUAUCCAGCAGCUAGCUGAAGAAACAACUCUGGUGCAGUUUAUAUUUGGGGGUUAUCUGCGAUCUAAGAUAAAAUGUACGAAGUGUCAGGUCAUUUCAAAACACAGUGAGCGUAUUUUGGAUUUAACUGUUGAAAUAGAUGGGGAUAUCAGUACCCUUGAUGGUGCACUUCGUCGGUUUACAUCUUCAGAAAUUUUAGACGGUGAUAAUAGGUACCAUUGUAGCAGAUGUAAUUCGUACGAGCGUGCCCAAAAGAAGUUGACUAUAUUAGAGGCCCCAAAUAUAUUGACAAUUGCACUGAAAAGAUAUCAGUCUGGUGUUCUUGGCAAGAUCAGCAAGGCUGUCAAGUUCCCAGAGCACUUAAAUUUGUCCCAGUAUAUGUGUAGAACAGAUGAUUCUAGUCCUGUGUACAGCUUAUAUGCUGUGGUUGUCCACCGCAAUGUUAGGAAUGCAACUGUGUCUGGUCAUUAUGUAUGUUAUGUCAAGGAUUCCCAAGGGAAGUGGCACGAGAUGGACGAUAACAAGGUGAAACCUGUGUCUGUCCAAAAAGUCCUGUCAAGAUGUGCAUACAUGCUGCUCUAUGCAAGAUGUUCACCGCGUGCCCCAACCUCUGCACGCGCUAAGAAACCCAAGCAGAUGGCACGUUCAGGAUCAUUCCCUUCGGGAGGAGGCAGGUACCGGAGCAGGCACCAAGGUGGGCAACUGUCUAAGGACGAUGCGGUCCACAACCUUACAUACACAUUGGGUACAUCUGACACGUCAUCGUACCCGGUAGCACCCUGCUUUAGCGGAAGCAACAGCUCCUCGCUGUUCAGCAGCUCUGAUGCAGGGUCAAGCUGCACUUUCAGCAGCGACAGCACUGACAGUGCCGGGAAAUCCAGCAUGGAGUAUGACCGCAUUUUUGGAACCUCGGGCUAUAUGUGCCCGGUGGUAAGCUCAGCGGUUGUGCCCGAGGGAGACAAUCAGAGUUACUUGCGGCAAGGGUCUAGCUGGAACCCUAGCUCUUCGGGUCAUGACAUGGAUGAGGCAGGUAAGUUUGCGCGGCAGUACCAGGGAGGGUAUCAGGCUGGCGGAGGGGCUCCCGUAGGCGGUUGGGAGACCCCAUCCUUCUCUUACGCCGAUCAAGGUGGGCUUUAUCCAAUCUGGGAGGAGCAGAUGGAGAGUUAUGAAGCAAUGUACUAGCUAGAGAGCUGGAGCCUGGAGGCCUACCGUACGUCGUCAGGGUCGAACGGUUGGUUGAAGAAGAAAACUUGAAGAGAACUGAAUCCCUCGAUAAACAUACUUACAUAUAUAUAUACCAAAAAACUCAGGUGCAGAAUAAUGCUCAGACUGAUGAGCGCGAGACGUUUUGAUGACAUGCCCGUGGUGCUUUCUUUUUCUCUUUGUUUCUCUCUCUCUCUCUGAUGGUGCAUGGCAAGAUACUGGUUGCUGUUGCUGGCUGUAAAACUUUUUUUGUGGAGGAAGCGGAAGUUAACUUUUGACCGUGACA